CUACAUAAUUUCUUGGAACAGUCAUUCAUUCGUGCAUAUAAUGAUGUCUAAGUUACUUAUGAUUUAGUUAAUUAUUCUAUAUAUUAAAAAAUGUUAUAUUUAAUAUUGUUAUGUUUCAUUAUACUUGGUGUUGAAGCUCGUAACAAGGAAUUAAUUGACCUUUGGAAUGACGAAAAAUCAAACAUUGAACUGGAAUCGAACAAUAUCUUUUCUAAUAUUUUCAAAGAUCAAACAAAUUUAGAACACGAAGAUAAAAAUAAGAGAGUUGAAAGUAUUUCAAACUGCCCAGGAAAAAAAAAAAUUUUAAAAGAAGACAUUUCGAGCAAGAAAAAUAAAAAAAAUUUAGAUUGGUGGCAAACAUGCAUCAUUUAUGAAUUAUACCCUCGAUCUUUUAAGGACUCAACUGGCACUGGCGUUGGAGAUUUGCAUGGAAUUAUUGAAAAAAUUCCAUACCUUAAGUAUUUAGGAGUAUGUGCUGUCUGGUUAACUCCAAUAUACCCUUCACCAGGAAUUGAUAUGGGUUAUGACAUAUCGGAUUACAGAGGAAUUAAUGAAAUUAUGGGCACAAUGGAAGAUUUUGAUGAGUUAAAAAAUAAACUUCACGAAAAUGGAAUUAAAAUUAUACUAGAUAUGGUACCAAACCAUACAAGUGAUGAACAUGAAUGGUUUAUUAAAUCUGUACAAAAAAAAGAACCGUAUACAGAUUAUUACGUUUGGGCUGAUGCAAUAUAUGUAAAUGGGAGUAGACAAGUUCCAAAUAAUUGGAUGUCAAUAUUUGGAAAUAGUAUGUGGGAGUGGAAUGAAAAACGGCAGCAGUAUUACUUACAUCAGUUCUAUAAGCAACAACCAGAUUUAAAUUUCUGGAAUCCAUUAGUCCGCAAAGAUAUAAAAGAUAUGCUGCGUUUCUGGUUGGAUAAAGGUGUUGACGGAUUUCGAAUGGAUGCAGUUUCACACCUACAUGAGAGGCAGGAUUUAUUAGAUGCACCUAUAUUAAACGAUGGAAAACUACAAAAAGUUGGUUAUACACAGGCAUUAGACGAAUGUUUUUAUGAAGUAAAUGACUGGAGAUCUUUAUUAGAUGAGUAUAAGAAAAAGGAUGGCCAAACAAGAUUUAUGACUAUUGAAUCUUAUUUAAAUAAUACUUAUACGAUGAAAUUUUAUGGAAAUGAAACAAAUACUGGAGCCCAUUUCCCACUAAAUGUAUGUCUUUUACAUUUACGCCAUCGAUCUGCAAAAAAAUAUGUUGAGAUUAUAACAGAAUGGAUAUCAAAUUUGCCAUCUGGAGCAUGGUCAAGUUGGCUUAUUGGAAAUCAUGAUGCACAUCGAGCAACAUCGAUGUUUGGAUUGGAAUUGAUAGAUGGUAUUCACAUGUUACAAUUGCUCUUACCAGGAACGCCCGUUAUUUAUAUGGGUGAUGAGUUGGGAAUGACGGAUACUUAUUUGAGAGAUGAUCAGAUUUUUGAUAAACACAAUUUACUUCAACGUGAAGGUGGUCGUACACCUUUUCAAUGGGAUUCCUCGCCUCAAGCUGGAUUCUCCAAUAAGACGAAGACAUGGUUACCUAUUAAUCCAAAUUAUGUAACUGUGAACGUCAAAUCUGAACAGAACGCUAAACGUAGUCAUUUGAAGAUAUUCAAAGAAAUUGAAAAUCUGAGAAAGUUGGAAAUAUUUUGUACGGGAAAUUUAGAAUUGUAUGAAAUAUCAGAAUACGUAUUUGCUUUUUCAAGAAGUAAUACAUUUUCAAAGACUUACUUUAUUGUCAUUAACCUUGGAUCUGAAUUGGAAAAUAUUAACCUUCAAAAAUUCAAAAAGAGACUAUUUCCUAAACUGGUUGUGAAAAUUUCUAGUUUGUAUGCUGAACAAAAUAAUGGAGAUAUUGUUAGUGCUAAAUCGUUUACUUUGAGACCUUCGGCAGCACUUGUUUUGGAGUCAUUUUUUUAAUUAAUAAUUUUUAGUGAAUAAAUAAUAAUAAUGAUAAUAUUUUUAGACAAGAUAUUUUAAAAACAAAAGAUAAUAUAAUUUAAAUAAAAUUUAAGUUAUUAUUAUUGUUUAAAUUUAAACUCUACGUGUUUAAUUUAUGUUCGCAAAAAACUAAUAAUAACGAAUGAAAACCCAAUUACAUAGUAUAAACAUUUAUUACAUUUUUUGACAUUAUGCACAUAGCACAUUAUACUAAUUUAAAUCUAAGUUAAUUUUGAUUAUAUAAUUAAUCCUAUAAUAUGAUGUUCAUCGAUUGACGUAUGUAAGUAUGUAACUAUUAAAAUCAAAUACACGCAGAAGUUGUACAUGUACGAUAUAAAAAUAUAUAAUACAAACACGUUAUAGGUAGCACCUAUUUGUGAUGUUUACGCA